GGCGGCUGUGUCCAAUGAUAUGUAUGCAAUAAUAAAAUGAUAUAAAAAAAAACAUAAACAACUAGUAGAUACAUGGAAUUGGGUCGUCGACUCCCGAGAACAGUGUGUUAAUCUCCAGCUACGUUCGAACCAAGUCCACUUGUUGUCUCAAAAACCGAAACUCUGCAGCUCUGGAAUUUCAAAGGAUCGGAAGACAGAAACAGAUUAUGGCGAAGAUUGCAGCACUACCAAUAGUGGGGAUGGUCUUAGCUGAGUGUGCCCAAGCUGGGUUAAUGAUAGUAAGCAAAGCAGCCAUGUCUACUGGUAUGAACAACCUCAUCUUUGUCGGCUACUCCAACGCUCUUGCCGCUUUUGUUCUUCUCCCAACUUCUCUAUUCUUUCACAGAUCAACAGACCGGCCUCCGAUCACUUUCUCUAUUCUCUGUUGGUUCUUCUUGCUUGGUCUACUUGGGUGUAUAGCUCAGUUGAUUGGGUAUGCUGGGAUUAAUUACAGCUCUCCUACUCUUGGCACGGCUAUGCUCAACCUUAUUCCAGCUUUCACUUUUGUACUUGCAGUUAUAUUCAGAAUGGAAAAAAUUGAUGGGAGAAGCUGCAGUACCCUAGCUAAAACCUUGGGAACAAUAGUUUCAAUAUCAGGGGCUUUCAUUGUGACUCUUUACAGGGGACCCCCACUUCUGAUGACAGCCUCAGUUGAUUUAUUGUCUCACAAUCAACUUUUCUUGCCACAGUCGAAUUGGGUCAUUGGAGGAAUGCUCCUUGGGUUUCAUUGUGUGGUGGCUGCAGCAUUUCUUAUCAUACAGGCUUCAGUAUUAAAAAAAUACCCAGCAGAGCUCAUUAUAGUCUUUUACUAUUGCUUCUUUGUGGCUAUUCAAUCUGUAGUGGUGUUGUGGUUUGUGGAAAGAGACUUAAGUGCUUGGGCCUUAAACCCUAAGUUAAGGUUGUUUGCGGUUCUAUACUCAGGAGUUUUUGGCUCAGCGUUCCAGGUUGGUGUAUCUACAUGGUGUCUUAACAGGACAGGGCCAGUUUUUGUAUCUAUGUUCAAGCCUUUAGGGAUUGUAGUUGCAGUUGCCAUUGGUGUUAUCUUCUUGGGGGAUACUUUCUACCUUGGAAGUUUGAUAGGAGCAAUUGUAAUUGUCACUGGAUUUUACUCUGUGAUAUGGGGCAAAGCCAAUGAGGAGAAGAUGGAUGAUGAUGCACGGGCAAGGAGUUUGGCAUCAAAGAAACAACGGAUUCCAUUACUGCAAAACAUUAUUGAAGAAAUCUAGAAGUUUUAACAGCAUAUACUUUGUAAGGUCUCUCCUGCCAAACAAAUGGCAGUCGAGUCAUGCAUAGGCGUAAUAUGGAUAUUUAUGAACAUGGGGAGCAUUAUCAAGAUCAAAGAUAUCAGCAUGAGUUUCCACUUUCCAGGGUCAAACAUCAAAGCUGUCUUGAGAGCAACAGUUAUGUGGAAAGCAGCUCUGGUUUGGAAGUGAAACCUACUCUUGCUCUUCAGGUUCAGAAUCUAGAUGCAUGAUCUCCUUCUUCAUAGUUGUAAUCAUAAGUGAAUUAAUACUUUAUAGUAAACUAGUAAGGCUUAAGAGUAGGGAAGGAUUGCAAGUUCUUGAAGAACAUAUUUUUCCUCUGUAUAAUUGUGACGUGUAUAUGUUGACUUGUGCUGUUGAAUCAAUUGAAAUAUGUCCCUAUAUUGCUUUUGA